AUGGGGGCCAAGCAAACCAAAGGACAGGAUUCAGCGGGGCCCAGUCCUCAACACAGCUGGAAGAGGACUCCGACCAAAGAGCGCGGGAGCGACAUUCUGGCCUCCCUCAUGAUGAAGUCCGGGGACAGGCUGAACCGAACCGGAAGCCCUCCUCCACCGUACCAGCGACGCAUCGGGAUGAUACAGGAGAUGAUGCUUCUGGCCAAACAGGGGAAGCACGACGAGGCUACAGAGAUGCUCAAGACACUACGACAGGUAACAACACGGCUGAUCCUUGUGAUCCUUGUGAUUGCUUAA